UAAAUUAAUUGGUUGACGUGAAAGUUAUAGUGUUAACAAAUGGUGGUAUACAUACUUAAUUUUUUUUUUUUUUUACUAGUAAUGACAGAAAGUGAUCAGCGAUUUAUAGCGGGACUGCGGCGGGCAUUCUGACACUGGGGAAGAACUGACUAACAGUCACUGACAUCCCCAGUAACACUAAUACAGCGAUCAGUGCUAAUAAAAAACACUGACACUGUACUAAUGACACUGGGCAGAAAGGGGUUAACGUCUGGGGUGAUCAAAGGGUUAACUGUGUGCUGUUUUAUGGUGUGCUUGUGCUUCACUGUAAGCACACUGCUUUGGAUGGCUGUGCCUGAGCUGACAGGGAGGAGGACUGUUAGUAAACAAAACCAUCCUCCUCCCCAUCGGAGAUGCUCAGUA